AUGACCAGGCCUGGGGCUGAAGAUGAGGAGUUCAAGCAGUGUGUUGGUGUUUCACGGCAUCCUGGAGUUGACCCCAACAAGGAGCGCCGGGAGGCUGUGAAGCGGAAGAUCACACAAUACCUGAGGCGUGCGGAGGAGAUCUUCAACUGCCACCUCCAGCGGGCUGCAGGGGGUGGCAACCCCACCGGCACGGGUUACAGCAGCCUGCGCUUCCGGCCGAUCAGGACGCUGAGCUCAGCAGUGGAGAACCUGAGACGGUGUAAGGUUGUGGGAGUGAUCGAUAAGGUGCAGAUCGUCCAGGACCCAGCCACUGGUGGGACCUUUAUACUUAAGAGCCUCCCCAAAUCCCACACUGAGACGCGUGAGCGACAGACCAUCAUCCCUCAUGGGGUCCCCUUCAUGGUCAAGCUACUGUGCUACUAUGUGAGUGAGGACUCUAUCUUCCUCCACCUGGAGCACGUGCAGGGGGAGAUGCUGUGGUCUCACCUCCGCUCCAAGUACUGUGUCCAGCAGGGCUCUGCCGAUUCAAACACCGUUCAAGCCAGCAGCCAAGUGUCCAUCUUCUCUGCUCAGACAGGCAGUGGCCCCACAGGCUCUGUGACCCACCGAGUACUGGGAAACACCAAUGCCUUGCCUGCUCAGGAGCCGUCCCCUGACCCCAUGGACCCCGGCUCAGGGAACCACUGCCGGCUUCGCCUGGUUCCCACCGGUGCCACGAGGACUGCACCUGGAGGGCAGGAUCUAAGUGUGACCCAGGCUAUGUCUGGCGUCAUGGACCGUGUUCCAGCAGCAUUAGCCAAAGGCUCCGGACACCUUACCAACCAGGGCCUGGUCAUCUACCCCAUGGACGCUCUAACCAGCAGCACAGGCUGCAUUUCGGAGAGAGCAGCCUCCCAGCAAGACCACAGGCCACAUGCCGGUGAAAGGCUUCCCCAGACACCCAUCCCUGAAUGGAAGACUGUGAGAGGGAGCCAGUCAGGGGCAGGGGAGCCGCCGUCUCAGCCAGUGUCUGAGGUCCCCUGGGCUCGGCCUCUCCUGACCUCCUUGGGUCAGAGGCAGCUUCAUGCAGGAGUUGCCCCGACCAGCUCUGGCAAGCCCCGUGGGGCUGACCCAGUGGUGCGGGAGCCCUCGUGGGGAGCAAGCCUGACCUGUGGCCAGCUCAGGGAGCAGCUGCGCCCUGGACAGUGCCGGAGAGCGUGGGCUGUGAAUGAGGAGCAGGUGCAGCUGUGGGCAGCGGAAAUCCUCCUGGCCUUAGAGGGACUUCACCAACAGGGUGUACUGUGCCGGGACCUCAACCCCAGGAACCUGCUGCUUGAUGCAGCCGGUCACGUCCGUAUCACCUUCUUUGGCCAGUGGACAGAGGUGGAGCCCCAGUGCUGCAGCCAGGCACGGGAAGAGCUGUACAGUGCCCCAGAAGUUGGGGGGAUCGCGGAGCCCACCGAAGCAGCUGACUGCUGGAGCUUUGGCUCUCUCUUGUACGAGUUGCUGACAGGCACGCCACUGUCCCAAAACCACCCUUCAGGGAUUCAACCUCACACCCAGUUGCAUCUGCCAGAGGGGCUCAGCCUGGCCGCUGUGUCGCUGCUCACCGAGCUGCUACAGUACAAUCCAAAGCGCCGUUUGGGCUCUGGAGGAGGUGGCAUGGCGAAGCUGAAGUCCCACCCCUUCUUCAGCACCAUCCCGUGGAACAAGCUGGUGGGCUAGGCAGGCUGUCCUUCCCGUGGGAGCUGGGCCACGGGGCCACUGUCCCUGGCACUUGUGACCACAGGCAGCAGUGGCAGCUCUGCCUGCUGGGGGAGGUUUGCCUGCAAGGGCUGCCCUGGGGUGGGGCAUGCAUGAGGUUUUGCAGCCUUACAUGUUCUUCUGUCUCUGCUUGUGUUUGUUGGCGUCCCUGAGAGAGGAGGCUGUGGUCUGGGCCAGGCUGUCUUCUCCUCUAGGUUCUCCCUGGUGACAAAGGAAGCCCAAGGUGCCCACCCCUGGGGAGAGGGCUCACCUUCCAGGGCAUCCUUUGCUCAGCUUAGCACUGCGACCUAGGACUCCUACCUGCUGCUACCACGGUGACCCCCUGCCCUGUUAUUUUGUGGCUUCCAAGUUCAUCUCCUCCAGGCCCUGCUGGCUGGUGCCCGAGCCUGGGGUUUGGGCCCAUCCCUGGCUGCAUGUGUGUGUGUGGGUAAUGCCUGCUGUGAGGGCGAGAUGGGAGGGAGCCCUCUGCUCUUCUUCCCCCAGCCUGCUGAGAAUAAACCACUCUUUUAUCACUUGCAGAAGUGUCCUUUUGUUUCUGAGCUGGGCCGGGGAGACCUGGGCUGAGCGAGCAGGGCAGGACCCAAAUCUGUCUCAAACCUGCAUGGGAGCCAUGGGUUGGCGUCACCCACUGGCUAUCAGCACCCUGCAGCCAAAACCCAGAAGGUGGCACUGAGUUCCUGGUCCCCCUGUGCCCCUGCCCCACACAGCCAUGCGGCUGCAGCUCAGAGUUAGGAAAAUGCACAGAGUGCCUGCCUUUUCUUCCAGCCUUGACUGUUGUAGCCAUUGCCCGUUCUGGCUCCAGCCUGUCCGUCCUGCU